AAACCAGCGAGAAGAACCCCGCAAUCAAUUCCAAGGAGGGGCACCGCAGCAUCUCGGCGCGACACGACGAUACUGAACCGCGACGAAAGACGACAUAGGCAGCCAAAAGGAACUGCCACUCCUGUACACCAGACUUUCGGGAGAGGAAACUCGAAACUUAUCUAGGCAUGGCUGAGCCCGCACCAGUUGGCCGCGAGAUUAUUUACUGUGGUGUAUGCACACUGCCACCGGAGUACUGCGAAUACGGCGGCACCACCAAAAAGUGUCAAGAAUGGCUAGAAAAGAAACACCCCGAGCUCUACGCAAGGAUAUGGUCUCCUGAAGCCCUCGAAGCGGCGACGGCGUCCCUCUCGCUGGCGGCGCAGGAGCGCGCGGCCAAGGAUGCGGCCAAGAAGGCGGCCAAAGCAGAAGCCGCCGAGCAGAAGCACGCCGACAAGCUGGCCAGGAGCGUCGUGACCAUCAAGCGCAUCGAGCGCAACAAGCGCAAGUUUGUGACCUCGGUCACCGGCCUGGAGGCGUUCGGCCUGGAGCUGAAGAAGGUGGCCAAGGACUUUGGCAAGAAAUUCGCUACUGGCGCGUCCGUAACCAAGGUGCCGAGCGGCGGGGAGGAAAUUGUGGUGCAGGGCGACGUCAGCGGGGAGAUUGAGGAGUUCUUGUUGGAAAAGUAUAAGGAUAUCCCCGAGGACAAUAUCGAGCUGGUAGAGGACAAGAAGAAGAAGGCGUCUGCUGGUUAGGAAGUUGGAGAGGAUGAUAGCGGGCAGUUAGGGCGUUUCGCAGAAUCGUCGGGGCGGUUUAUUGGACAUGUGAAUCCAUUGGGGCACAAUAUACAUACAGUCCUGCCGACCAACGCCCCAUUGCCAUGGCACCCAGUAUCCUGACCAUGAUCCGGCACAAACUCCAAAAUCACA